UGUCAACUUCAAUCCCGACAUUUGUUGACCAAUGACCAUUUUCCUUCGUUUAUUAAGCACUAAAAUUAAAAACAUAAUUAAUUGAUUCAUUUGUUGAUCUAAAAACCUAAUUAAAAAGAUAAUAUUAAAUCUUUUAAUUCAAUACUCAAAGGUGUUUUGUUUUAUUUUAAAAUUAUUGUAGUUCUUUUUCAUUUAUGGGAGGACUUUAGUGAAGACCAAUGGCUGACGAUAUUGUAUUUGAACUACUACAUUCCGAAAUAAUAAACUAUGCUCUUGAACAAUCGAAGGAUGCUAACAAUGAUAAAAAGGAGGUGGAUCUAUCAGUAGUAGAAUAUAUCGGAUUUGCAGCAGGAUAUAAAAUAAUGGAAAGACUAACUAGAGAAUGGCCUAGGUUCAAAGAUGAACUUGAUACCAUGAAGUUUAUAUGUACAGACUUUUGGACAUGUAUAUAUAAAAAACAAAUAGACAAUUUGCGAACAAACCAUCAAGGCGUUUAUGUAUUACAAGAUAAUGCAUUCAGAUUCCUUACAAACUUCUCUAAUGGUCAUCAGUAUCUGGAAUAUGCUCCAAGAUAUGUAGCGUACACAUGUGGAUUAAUCCGAGGUGGACUAGCUAACUUAUGCAUCAACAGUGUGGUCACCGCCGAAGUGCAGUCCAUGCCAUCAUGUAAAUUCCAUAUACAUGUGCAGAGGACAUGAUAUUACGCUCGGAUAUGCUAUGUUGAAGUAAAAUAGUUGACACUGUGUCUCAUAAAAUGUUAAGACAUGUCUACAAUCAUUAUUUAUGUUAGCAAUCAAAUUAUAAAUGUCUGUAACCGAAACAUAAUAUUAUGUAUUAAUGAAGUAUAGUAAUUUUACUUCUAUUCAUUGUUAAAAUAUUUAAAAUACUUCAUGUUAACAGUCAUAUUUUUGUCAGCAACCAUGUUUAAAAGACAUAGGUAGAUAAAUGUUUGAGCUUUUUAUUAAUUUAAGUUACUUGCAACACAAAUCUGUAAAUAAACAUAUUCUACUCAAAAAAAGGA